AUGUCGUGCCCAGUGUCAGUGUCACUAAUGGCGUUCAACAUCUCCACACUUCUGGCUUCAGCUCCAGAUGAAAAACUUCGACGAUCACAGGAUGAAUCUCAAUCCCAGACCACAGAUGAAGAUGAAACUGAUGAAUCGCCCGAAUGGUCGCGGCUCCGCCCUUCGGAUCAACAAGGAGAUUCCUGCAGUGGUGAUCAAAUAUCACGAUGGGAUAACAUGAUGCCAAGUCAGCUUGCAAUGUACGCAAUUGCCCAUAACAUCAAAGCACCAACAUUGGUUGAACUACAGAUGAUGUUGGGCUUGGGAGCUCGGAAGCACGACUACCGACGAUCACGAAGAGCACUUGGUGAUCGUAAACCUCGCCAGGCUUAUACAGCACAACAGUUGGAGAAAUUGGAACGAGAGUUUCAGAUAGAUAGGAUCGGCGACCUUACUGCAAGCUCAAGAGAUGUUCUACCAGAUUCCCCAGAUGCUCCAUUCUUGUUAAAGACGCCUCUCCUCUUAUGGAUUCUACUACUCUCGCAGGGUGACUAG